AUGGUGACCCUUUUUCAAUUCGGCCUUAUCGUGUUCACCGGCCUUGGAAGCCUCACAUAUGGCUAUUGUAGCAGCAUCAUUGCGACUACCUUGGGACAGCCGUCAUUUAUUGCUUAUUUUGACCUUGCGACGCGCUCCAAUGCCAAUAGCCUCAUCGGUGCAAUCAAUGGCCUUUAUCAAUCAGGCGGACUCUUUGGAGCGGUAUCGGUGCUUUUCAUCCCGGACAAAGUUGGUCGUCGGUGGGCUCUCUUCAUAGGCGGAGUAUGCUGUAUCGUUGGUGGAGCUCUGCAGGCUGGCAGCGUUCAUAUAGCCAUGUUCCUGAUAGCAAGGUUUCUUGUUGGCUAUGGCAUAGGCUCUCUUGUCACCCUUGUCCCACUUUACCAAAGUGAGGUGUCGCCAACCAGUAUCCGUGGAUUUCUAGUCGGAAUGGGUGGCGUUAUGAUCUGCAUUGGAUAUAUCACCGCGAGUUGGGUUGGUCUGGGAUUCUAUUUUGUUCCAGGACACAAGCAGUGGAGAGGCCCUCUCGCUAUUCAAGUUCUACCCCCUCUGCUGCUUUGUCUGGGUUUGAAUUGGGUUCCAGAGUCCCCCCGAUGGCUCCUUCUCCGAGAUCAGAGCGAGCGGGCUCGCGCUCAAUUUCGAAGGAUUCAUGCUGAUGUCGCCAAAUCUCUCGGAGAGCAUGUUCUCGAGGAAGAGUUUCUCCUUCUUCGUGCCCAAGUUGCUCAAGAGAUCAAGCACCACGUGCCACUGAAGCAGUUUUGGACGCAGAGGUCUCUCCGGAAGCGAUGUAUCAUAGGAUGGCUUACAUACGCCGCGGGUCAAGGAACUGGAACGUUGGUCAUCAACAAUUACGGGCCUCUGCUCUACUCGAACCUCGGAUUCAACACUGUCCAACAACUUCUGAUUCAGUGUGGUUGGAUCACGGUUGCCCCAUUCGUCGGCACUAUCAACUCUUUGAUCGUCGACCGGGUGGGUCGUGUCAGACUAUUGAUGUUCGGUCUCGCCGGCACCCUAGUUGCCCUGGUCGGGGAAUGCAUCACUUUGAGCAUCUUCCAGAGAACCGGAAACCGAGGGGUCGCCGGAGGUGCAGUCUUUUUCCUGUUCCUUCACGUUUUCCUUUUUGGCGGGUCGUAUGACUCGACAAGCUAUAUCUACGGCAGCGAAAUCUUUCCCAAUCCUGUUCGUGCCCGUGGUCUUGGGAUAUCGAUAACUGGGCUUUUCGCCUCCACCAUCGUCUUUCUGCAGUGUGCUCCAACCGCAUUUGCGAGCAUUGGCUGGAAAUACUACCUCCUCUUUAUCGCCUUGGACGCAGUGAUGUUCGUCGUCAUGUGGUUAUACUUCCCGGAGACCAAGGGAAUCUCCUUAGAAGAUAUUGGGGAAGUCUUUGGCGAUGAUAUCGUUCUGGAGGAUCCAAGUGUCGAAGCCGUCCACCGACGUUUCAAAGAGUCCCAUUAUAGAGAAGAGGCACUCGUUAACUUGGAGGGAGACGAGGAAAAAAGGGCGGAGUUCGGAGAAGUCGAGCGAAGCACUAUCGCUGUCAAGGAGUGA